AUGUUCGCAUAUACUUUUAUUGUCAGCACAGUUUUUAUUGGAUCUAUAUUCAGUAAUCCUAUUGUUAGUCCUGGUGGCGAUGGUAUUAACUACGAGUUACUUGGUGGCGGAAUUGAAGGUGAUAUGAUUUUACCCGACGGAUUUGAUCCGAAAGGGGAAUUCAAUGGAAAAGGUGUAGCCAUUUAUGGACCACGUCGUUGGCCGAAUAAUAUCAUUCCGUAUGAUAUAUCAGCAAUUACAAAUGCCGGACAUCGAACGAUGAUCGAAAGUGCAAUGGCAAUACUUGCAAAUGAUGUAAGCACACCUAUUGCAGGAUCAACGUCACGAAAACCAUGUGUUACUUUUCGACCGAAAAUAUCAACUGAUCAAGUUUUCGUUAGAAUUCAAUAUGGAACUGGUUGCAGUGCAAGCGUAGGAUAUUCUUCGGGCGCGAAAACAUUGACAUUACAAAAUUCCGGUUGUUUUCGAUCUGGUAUUAUUCAACAUGAACUCAUACAUGUUCUUGGGUUUUAUCAUGAACAAUCACGUCCUGAUCGUGAUCUAUAUAUUACUGUUAACCACAAUAAUAUUGAAAUAGGCAAAGAACAUAACUUCAAUAAAUACACAUGGGGAUCCACUGUUUUAGAUCAAAAAUCACCUUAUGAUUUCGGAAGUAUAAUGCACUAUGGUCCUACUUCUUUUAGUGCCAACGGUUUACCAACUAUUACACCAAAACAAGCAGGUGCAACCAUUGGUCAACGAGAUAAACUUAGUGCAACCGAUAUCAAUGAAAUUCGUCAAUUUUAUAGUUGCACAAUUUAA